CCAUUGAGCCUACACUACAGAACCGGAAUCACAACAGGCUCUUUUCCUCUCCACUCGAAUAACCGAGUUUCUCUAUUCCAGUUUUAUUGCUGUUAAGUGAUUGUAAAUGUCUAAAAUGAAAAACGGGCCUGGAUACUGGAAGGAAAGAACCAAAUGGAGGAAAUGAAGAGAGGAGAGGCAGCUUUGCAGCAGCACAGGUCCUCCCCGACAGGGCUGCCCGAGGGGGGCCCAGGGGAGACUGAGACUCCUCCAGUUACCGCCUGGGGAUACCUGGUGGCAAGAGAGGAUGGUCUACAACCAGAGCCAAAGGAAAGCCCUGCAGGCGUGUUUUGAACAAAACCCUCACCCUAAUAAAGCUACCAGGGAACAACUGGCCAAGGAAAUUGAUAUUCCAGAAUCUAAAAUUCGGACUUGGUUUAGAAACCGAAGAAGCAGACAGAGAAAAUUGGAGUCUGCAUGCUCCUUAGGAAAAGACCCAAUCCAGGGACAUAACCAGUCUCAGUUACAGAUGCAAGAAUGGUUAACAAAAGAAGCCAAGCAAGACCACAUACCCCUCGCAAGAACUCAAAGAAGGACCCUAGUUCAAGCCUUUGAGAGGAACCAAGUCCCUGAUGUUGCUACCAGGGAAAAACUGGCUAAACCAACAGACAUUCAGGGAUUGCAGAUUCAGGACCAAAGAUAUCUGGACCCUGACUGGAGCAGAAAGGAGCCCAAAAAUUUCUUGGUAGAUGACACAAAUGGGAGACCAGAUCUGACUAAUCAACUGCAGGAAACAGAUCCGUUUAUACACCCAGAUGGGAGUUAUUAUCUGCCUUCUUCUGAUUCCUUCCCUGACAACCAAACAAUUUCACCUACUCCUCUUCUGUCCUCUGGGAUCAUGCAGCCCACCCAGGCUGUGCAGAGAGAAGAGAACUCUGACCUGCCUCUCACUUUUAUGAAUCACCUGCCAGAACUACUGACUCCAAGAGGGGACAUCUCGGAUACUCGGGUUCCUUUCUGGAUCCAAUUCCAAGAAGAAUACCAAAAUCACAAAGAACAAACUGGCAUAGGAGUCAUACCAUUGAAGGACCAUUUUCAACCUAAUCCUGAGAACAAGAAACCACAGGGUCUGGGUCCCAUUAACAUAUCUUAUGUCAUGCAGUGGUGGGACCAGGGCCGCCAAGCUCUGAUUGAGGAAUGGGAACCACUUGAAGAGAUACAGUGAGACAGAUGUGUAGCCAACUGCAAGGUCAGCUGGAGAGUCAUCUCAUCUGCUCUACCAACUGCACCAGCAAUAUGUAGAAACCUCGAGUCUUUAGAUGAACUCCUGUCAUCUCAGUAAAUUAUUAUUAUUAUUAUUUUUUUUUUUUUGUACCAGGGAUUGAACGCAGGGACACUUGACCACUAAGCCACAUUCCCAGCUUUUUUAAAAAUAUACUUAUUUAGAGACUGGGUCUUACUAAGUUGCUUAGGGUUUUGGCUUUGAACUUGCGAUCCUCCUGCCUCAGCCUCCCAAAUCACUGGGAUGACAGACGUGCACCACUAAUUCUGAUCUACAGAAAGGGGACCCUUUCAGACCCCACCAACCUCUCAUUGGAGAAGAUUGUCAGGUUCUGCUUCAUAUGCUGCAAGGCUAACCAUGGCCUUAGCUCCAGGAGGAAGAUGUCAAUCUCAUGUAACUGGUCCAGGCAGGCCUCCUUCGUUUUGAUUCAGAAUUGAUACAAUUUAUUACUUAUUUGGUAGUGGGAAGGAGGGUUACCACUGAGCCUUGUCCCUAGCCCCUUUUUUAUUUGUUAUUUUGAGACAGGUCUCACUAAGUUGCCAAGGUUGGCCCUGAACUUGUUUCCUCCUCCCUCAGUCUCCCAAGUCUCUGGAAUUACAGGUGUGCACCCUGCAUCUGAACAGAAUCAGUACAAUUAAUAGACAAUGAAUAGUGAGGACAUCCUAUCUUGAAGCAAGACCAGUGCCAGGGGUAAGAUAAGAUGACUGGGAACCCAAAUGGAUGUCUGUUAUGGGCAGUGGUAUCUUCUUAACUCAUGGUGCCUAAAGCUCUGUAUCUGUAUUGCCUUGGAAACACCAGGGGCAGCAGGCAGCAGACACAUCUGCUGAAUCCUUCUGAAAAAAGCAUCUUCCAGUUUGAGAAAUCCACAAGUGCUAAUGGAGGCGAAGCAAAGAUAACAGGCCAAGAAGAGAUACUGUCAGUAUUCAUUUAUUCCCUUCUGGCAUGGCACUGAGAUAAAUUUGAAAUAAGUAUUAUAGAAAGUGAGGGAAUACUAUAUUUCUUCAUGCUGUAUGUUUAUAAAAGUGAGUGUUUUUUUUGUUGUUGUUGGGCCUAGUGGUGGUGUCCCUGUAACCCCAUCUACUCAGGAAGCUGAGGUGAGAGGAUUGCAAGUUCCUGGCUCCUUCAAGCCAGCCUGGGCAACCUAGCAGGACCCUAUCUUAAAAUUAAGGGGAAAAGCCAUGCACAGUAAUUCAUGCCUGUAAUCCCAGUGGGUUGGGAGGCUGAGGCAGGAGGAUCCUGAAUUCAAAGCCAGCCUCAGCAACUUAUUGAGACCCUGUCUCAAAAAAUAAAAUAAAAAGGGCUGGGGAUAUGGCUCAGUGGUUAAGUGCUCCUGGGUUCAAUCCGUGGUACCAACAAAAGAAAACAAAGGGGGCUGGGGGUGGAGCACAAGCAUGUGCAAGGCCCUGUGUUGGACUCUCAGCACUGCCAAAAAAAAAGUGAGCAAGAGCUUUUUCUUUCCUCCCUAAGUUCUGAGGGUUCGAACUGGGAACUGGACACCUUAGCAUCCAUCAAUAAGGGAAGGGGUUAAAUGAAUGAGGACGUAUCCAUAAUGCUGAGUAUUUUUCAUGUAAAUGUAUUUUUUUCCAUUGAACAUUUAAAACGCACAAAAAUUAACCAGGAAUGGUGGUGCCCACCUAUACUCCCAGCAACUCCAGAGCCUGAGGCAGCAAGAUUGAAAGUUUAAGGCCAACCCAGGGCAACUUUACUAGACCUGCCUCAGAAUAAAAAUAAAGUCUGAAGAUGUCGCUCAGUAGUAGAGUGUCCCUAGGUUCAAUCCCUAGUACCACAAAAACAAAUCAAUUACAAGGAAAUUAUAAUAACAUCAUAAAAUCACUGAAUAAAAAUCUAUUAACUUUUUCUAUGUUAAUAGGUUUUCAAAUAUAUACUUAUGUAUGUAUGUGUGUACAUAAUCCUGUAAUUCCUCACUUUAUUACAAGUAAAUUAUAUAAACUUAAAACUUUUGGGGUAACCAUCCUUAUUUUGUGUUUUGGUUUGGAUGUGAGGUGUCCUUAUUUUUUUAUUUAGAGACAGGGCCUCGCUAAAUUGCUGAGGCUGGUUUUGAGUUUUUGAUUCUCCUGCUGCAGCCUCCCAAGCUGCUGGGAUUACAGGCAUGUGCCCUCAGUGCCCAGCUGGGACCUUCUUACAUGAUGUGUUGCCUCAUUUGGACCCAGAGCAAUGGAGUCGGCUGUUAGGACUAAGCCUCUGAAACCAUGAGCCCCAAAUAAACUUUCCCUCCUCUAAGUUAUUCUUGUCUGGUAUUUUGGGCACAGUGAUGCAAAAGCUAACUAAAACGUUUUGUCUUCUUUCUUUCAAAAUUAUAACUUGUAAAAUCAUUACUGUGUAUGAAGGUGUAUGUAGGAUUACAUCAAUAUAAUAAUAAAAAUAUCUUUGGAAAAUA